AUGGCCAACUACUAUGAGCAUUACCAGAUCCCAUACGAUUCCAAUCAGGUUAAUAGUCUCUAUGAUCAUAACUAUUACGAUAACAAUCAACUGCAGCAGUUUGGUUUCGAGCCAAUGAGUUAUAAUAGUUAUGAUCCAGUGAGUUAUAAUAGUAAUGAUCCGGUGAGUUAUAAUAGUGCUUAUAAUGAUAAUUGGAAUGGAUCAUCUGAGUAUGAGACAACUUCUGCAUCUGUUGCUUACUCUGUCUACACCAUGUCUGAGCCUAAGCACUUGUUCUACGAUCCGAAUGUCUACACGACCUACGAGUCUCCUCCUCAGUUUAGCAUCUAUCGCUCUGUUCAAGGCUUCAACGAGCCUGAAUUCGAAGAGUACGAUCCGACGCCGUAUGGUGGUGGCUACGAUAUCGCUGCAACCUACGGGAAACCUCUUCCUCCAUCGGUGAAAAUCUGUUACCCUUCUUCAACAUCUGCUCAGGGAAACCCUCCUUCUCCUCCAGAGGUUAUAGCUCCUGUUCCUCUAGGAAUAUAUGAUGGUGGUGGUGAAAAGAAAGUUGUUAAGAAACGUGUAACGUUCUCUGAGCCGUUAGAGGAAGCUAGACCAUUGGAAACCACUAAACAAGAUGAUCAUCAAGAAGAAGAAGAGGGGGAUGAGGAUGAGGAUGAAUCAGAAGAAGAAGAUGAAGAAGAUGAUCACAGUUCAAGCUAUGGAACUACUACUAAACCUGAAAGUGUAGAUACAGGAGAAGUGAAAGCUGUGUAUGUUCAUCAGGAAGAAGAGGAAAAAGAUGAUAGUUUAAGCUACGGAACUAGUAAACCUGAUACUGAAGAUAAAGGAGAAGUGAAAGCUGUGUAUGUUCCGUCAGGUUACGGCCUAGAAGCGACGGAUAUGUGCGAGGUGAUAUUCGGAGGCUAUUUUCCUUGUGUCUUACGUAACAAAAGACUCCAGGAGGAUCAAAAACGUGCGGCUGAAGUUUCUUGCUGGGAGAGCACAGAUUCUGAUCCGUGGAAGACGACUUCAGACUACCUUUUCGGGGAUUCGUAUCCGUAUGGUUAUGAGAAUAGGCUCGAGAGAAGUCAGUUCGAGAUAUCAUCUUAUGGUUACCAGAGGUAUUAACCGGGAGCUAUAGCUUCAGAAGAACACAAAUUUUUUAUAUGAUUAAUGAAGCUGAUGUAUUAGCAAUUUAGCAUGUAAGUUAUAUAUAUGCUUACAUGCUCUUUCUUUUCAUGGUUGGUCCAACGUUCUUAUGAAAAGAUAUUCAAGGUUGAUCAAUAAAUAAAUGUUACAACAAA